AUGGACGUUAGGCGUAGAAAGGUUUGUUUCCAGCAUUUUCUUCUUCUUUGGUAAAAUUUGCGGAUUAAUUUUCUCUCGUUCAGUCGACUCAAAAAAUAAUUGUAGAUAAUAAUAAAUAACACGAUCUAACUUCAAAGGAAAUACACUUUUACAAAAAUGCAUAUACAAAAGUAUAAAUUAUUAACGUCAACACGUUUACAAUAAUUUAAAUGUUGUAGAUAAUUUCGUGAAGAUAGAUUAAUAUAUAUAUCUUUUAUUUGAUAUGAGAAACUAUUUCGAUUAAAAUAAUUACAAAUAUUAUGAUGAAACCUAGAAAAUGAUUAAGAAAAUAAUAGUUUCAGCUACUAAUCAAUAGUUAAGUUACGUAAGUUUCGAAGUUAAAAUUCCAUAAAUGUAAAACAAUUAUAACUUUUUACACUUUUAAUUUAUGCUUACUUGCUUAUUUCGCGAAUCGUUUAAUUUGGCUAAUUUUAUUGAAAUUUCAUUUGAUUUGCAUUUAAUUUAAAAAUUCAAAUAAAACUCUAAAGAAAAUUCUAUUACGUUGGCAUUAUGUCAUCAUGCCGUUUUGUACUUUUUCACUGUAUUUUCAUACAAUAAAAUAAAAGCAUAUUCUUUUCGAAUCAUUAUAUUCAUUUAUGAAACAAAUAUAUAUAUAUUUUUUGAUCAAAAUUUUCAAAAAUCUCAACCUUAAAUUUCAUUUAUCAUCAUUUCAAUUUUAAAAGAUUUGAACAAUUCAAAUAGCGUACAAAUAUUUAGUAUCUUCUUUCUUGUUAAAAACUUUCUUAAAAUUAUGUUUCAAGCUAAAGUAUUAUAACUCCGAAAUAUAUAUUUUGGAAAAGUUAUGGUACAAAAAAUUAUCUAUCAUAACAUUUGUAUUAAAUUUCUUAUUAGAGAUAAGAUUAGCAAUAUUUUUUAUUUAUGAACUCAGAUUGCGAACGUGCUAAAUAAAUAUAUGGAUUUUUAUGAUUAUAUUAUAUGUGGAUUUUAUGAUUAUGUUAAUUACAAUGUCUACGUACGUGAAAUUUCCGAUAUUCCACGUGUAAUGCCGAAUACGUGAUGCUUUUAUUUUCUUUAACUUUUUCAUCGUCUAGAGAAAUUGAAACUACCUUCGUUGUCUGUAUUAACCCCUUGUAUUGCAUUUUAGAUGCAAUAUAUUCCAGUAAGUUUAAAAUUAACCUGUCGUUUUAAUUGCAUAUUGUAAAAGUUAACACAUUAAAAUUGACACAUAUAUUGAAUUUGAGGUUAUCGGAUCGUUCAAUUCUACGAUUAUUAUAAAAUUGUCUUUAAUAUUAAGAGUUCCAAGUGAUUCUUUCUACAUCAUGUAACGUAUUCUAGCUAAAAUAAAAAUAUUUUCAUACGUUUAAAUUUAUGGCUUUUCUCAUUUGUAAGAAAAAGAUACGAUAAGACAUGAAAGAAGAGAAAAUAAUAUUUGAACUCAUCUCAAAUUGAAGAUCACUUUUUAUAUCAAUUCAGUAAUAUCUCUGCAAUUAUUUUUAAUUUUGUUCGCUUGAAAAGAUUAUUAUCAAGCUUCAUAUAUUUUCAUUGCUAAACAAUAUAAGCAGUUUUGAAAUUUUCUUGAGUUUUAUUAAAUGUAUUAAGUUUAUUUGAUGAAGUUGUUUUUACAACUUUUAAACUAUCUUGUUUUUUUUGUGCUAUGAUAGAAAUAUUUGAUUUAGAAAAAUCUUUGGCAAUAUUCCAACAUUAAAUUGAAAUAAACUUUAGUGUUUCAUUGAUUAUAUAUAAUGUAAAUAUAAUGAAUUAAUGUUACGUUUUCAGUUAAAAACAGAAAAUGACGAUAUUUUUGAAGUUGAUACCAAACCUAGAAUUAAAAAGGGUCAUCCAGGCAAAAGAUACUUUGUUGUUAUUGCCUUACUGGGAAUUCUCUUCUUAGGAUAUAUAGCAAUAGCAUAUGAUUUGAAACCAGUACAUCUCGGGAGCAAGGCAAUUGAUACAUUGGCUUUUUCCUUCAAUCUACAAAAGCCAUUUUAUGUUGUAGUAAUUGAUGCAGGCUCUACUGGCAGUCGUGCUUUAGCAUUUAGUUUCCACGAAUCAAUCCUCGGUGGCAAUUUGGUUUUGGAUGAUGAACUUUAUACAGACAUAAAACCAGGUGUUAGUGCUUAUGCUGAGAAACCUAAAGAUGCAGCAAAAUCUCUGACUGUGUUGUUAGAUAAGGUCAAAGGAGUCAUUCCACAAGUAGAAUGGCAACAUACACCUCUCAGCAUGAAAGCUACAGCUGGUUUGAGACUUCUUCCUGGACACAAGGCUCAAGAAAUACUCCAAGAAUGUCGGAAAAUGUUUGAAGAUAGUGGUUUCCAAAUUUCCAAAAAUUCGAUUUCUAUAAUGGAUGGAACGGAUGAAGGUAUAUUUUCAUGGUUCACUGUAAAUUUUCUAUUGGAACGUUUCGCUACACACAAUCCUGGUAAUACAGUUGCCGCACUAGAUCUUGGUGGAGGUUCUACACAAGUGACUUUUUCACCUGAUUCCACACAGGAGAAAAAACUGGAUGGUCAUGUAUAUUCUGUUAAUAUCUUCAACCACAACAUGAGUGUUUAUACACAUAGUUACUUGGGUAUGGGUCUUAUGGCAGCAAGAAAAGAGAUUCUGACACAUGGAAUGAAUUUGGAUAAUGUAAAUCCGAAAGACGCAAUUGAAGUACGAUCUGAAUGUGUAAAUCCUAUAGUUUCGACGGAAUGGAAUUAUGGUGGAUUUAAUUAUCUCGUUAAAGGACCCGUGAAUGGAACUCAUAAACUAGUCAAAACACAAAAUUUUGCUGGUGGAGAAGUGGAUAGACCAAUCGUCAAUUUUUCAGAAUGUUUAAAAAUCAUUGAAAAGUAUGUUGGCAGAAUCAAAAAUAAACCAAAAGGUUUAAAAGACCGCGAGAUCUAUGCAUUUUCUUACUAUUUCGAUCGUGCUACCGAGGUUGGUUUAGUUGAUCCCUUUUUCGGCGGAGUUAUUCAAGUAAGCGCGUUUUUAAAACAAGCAAUGGAUGCCUGCGAUUAUCCAAAUACUGAUCAACCUUUCAUUUGCCUCGAUUUAACAUUUAUUUAUAUUCUUCUUCGCGAUGGAUUUGGUUUAGAACCUAUUACAAAACUUUAUCUUUAUAAAAAAAUCAAUGGACAUGAAUUAAGUUGGGCUCUCGGCGCUGCCUUCAACAUAAUCCAAAACGGUCUUUAACACAUCUGAAAUAUAGGAAAAAGAAUUACAAAUAUUUUUACACAAAAUUAAAGAAAUUUUUUGAAUUCACAAUUUACCUAAAUGUUUAAUCUAGGUAAAAAGUAUCAAUCUAUUCUCACGUUUUUUAUUUUUAUUGUAAUAUGCUCAGUUACUCGAGUUUGCAUUCUUAUUAAUGUAUUUAUACUAGUUGUUACAUGAUGCUUUGUUAUUUGAACAUUCUAUUUUGAGCAAUUGCAGUAUUAAAUAAAAUUAACGUGCGAAUUAAAAUAAAUCAGAGAUUCUUAAGAUUUUAUAUCUUAAUAAUUUGUAGAAAACGAAGUGACUUAAUGUAUAUAUAAAUUAUUGCAAUUAAUUGUCGUUUCUGUGACACGUCGUAAUUUUAUAUAUAUUAUUCAAGAAUAUGUAUCCUUAAGCAAGAGAUAUAUUUAUAUUUUCUUAUGAAUUUCUGAUAUAAAUAUUAAAUGCAUAUUGUGAAUUUCAAAUCAUAUUUUUUUUUAACUUUUUUCUAGUACAAUUUUUUACAGUAGCACAUUAGAUUAUAUUACUUUUUAAACUGUUCAAACUAUAUUUUAUUUUUUGAAACAAACUUAUUUUAAACAGUGUUUAAGUAAUUUUCAAUAGUUUUAUGAUAUAUUGAAAAUAUUUAUACAAAAACUUAAUCUUUUUAAUUAACAGUACUUUCUGUCAUUUGGUCACUACAUAAGGUUUGUUCAUUGUUUUUUGUUUUACUAGAAAAUAGACAAAUUAUGAUAAUGAAUAAAGAAUUUUUCAAAAACUAGAAAUCCUUCAUUAUUGCAUAUUAAUGAAUAAAACUUUUGCAGUGACCAAAUAUUCAAUUUCGUUCAAAAAAGACAAUUUAUAUUUCAACAUGUGCAUUAAUUGCACAAUCGCACAAUUAAUAAUUGUACAAAAAUACAAUGUUUUAACAAAAUAUAUGUUAUGUUAUAACAACUUUGUCAAGUACUUAAUAAUUUUUUUGAGUACAUGCAAAUUAAUAUUUAAUAAAUAACAAAAAAUUUA